UCAUGUAUUCCGUGCAUUUUUGACUAGUCGGCUCAUUUCUUGUCAUUUAUCGGAUCUCUAAAUUCUCGUAACACAAAACUCAUUCAAAAUGAAUGAAUCACCGGAAGAUCUUAACUAUGAUUGUAACUACAAUAUGUUCCUUGCGAAGACAAUGCUGUCCAAUUUGUCGAAGAGUGAAGACAGGCAUAAAGCAGUUCGAUGGAUGAGGAAAUUGGCUCAAUGUAACCGGUCGUUAGAGGAAAUGAAACUAAGAAAUGAUUUCAUGUAUUAUUUGGUGAUAAAUAUACAAGCUGGGGAGUUGCAACCCCCAUUUACUGAUAGUCCGCCACAAGCACCUCUUCCUACUAUUGCUCAUUUACUUCCAGGCGGAGUGGGUAUAGAUCUGGAUAAGGAGGCAGAAUGGGCCGACCCGAAACACGGUAGCAAAGACCCAAAACCUUUGUUGUACGAAAAUUCGCCAGAUGGAGGUGAAUUUUUGGCCGCGCAGCCUGUACCUAGAUGUGGAGCUUUCUGUUAUUUAGCUGUCGUUGCGAGACCAAGUAAUUUGAAAGAUUAAUGUGUUCAUACCUUUCUUUACGUCAGAAAUAAAGUUUUAACGGUC